AGCAUCCUGGUUCCGGCCUUCUUUCCUGCCCCCAGAGCUCUCCACCUGUCUGGGGCACCCCACGGUCUGGGGCAGGCCCAUCACUAUGUAAAUGUCUGUGCAAAUGGCCUAGUGUCCACCCGCCAGUUCUUCAGUGAGGCGGAGCACCUCCCAACACUGUCACUUCGCAUCCAUGGGGCUCUGGGCAAGGAUGCUCUGCUCACUGCUGUUCCUGCUGCAGGUCCUGGCAGAGCCAGCAGAGAACUCCAACUUCCACCUGGCUGGGGACUACCUUCUGGGUGGCCUCUUCUCCCUCCAUGCCAACGUGAAGGGCACUGUCCACCUCAACAUCCUGCAGGUGCCAAAGUGCAAGGAGUACGACAUGAAGGUGCUGGGUUACAACCUCAUGCAGGCCAUGCGUUUUGCGGUGGAGGAGAUCAACGCCCACAGCAGCCUGCUGCCCGGGGUGCUGCUGGGGUACGAGAUCGUGGACAUCUGCUACCUCUCCAACAAUGUCCAGCCUGUGCUCUACUUCCUGGCACAGAAGGACUACUCCCUGCCCAUCCUCAAGGACUACAGCCACUAUGUGCCCCACGUGGUGGCUGUUAUUGGCCCUGACAACUCUGAGUCCACCAUAACCGUGGCCAACUUCCUCUCCCUUUUUCUCCUUCCACAGAUCACAUACAGCGCCAUCUCCGACCAGCUCCGGGACAAGCAGCGCUUCCCCGCCAUGCUGCGCACGGUGCCCAGUGGCAGCCACCACAUCGAGGCCAUGGUGCAGCUGAUGAUCCACUUCCGCUGGAACUGGAUCGUCGUGCUGGUGAGCAACGACGAGUACGGCCGUGACAACAGCCAGCUACUCAACCAGCGCUUGCUCAGUGGAGGCGACAUCUGCAUCGCCUUCCAGGAGGUGCUGCCCACGCCGGCGCCCAACCAGAUCAUGACGCCGACGGAGCAGGCGCAGCUGGAGGCCAUCCUGCGCAAGCUGCAGCAGACCACGGCGCGCGUGGUGAUCGUGUUCUCGCCCGAACUGGCCCUGCGUAACUUCUUCCUCACCGUGCUGCGCUGGAACCUCACCAACACCGUGUGGAUCGCGUCCGAGUCCUGGUCCAUCGACCCGGUCCUGCACAACCUCACCGAGCUGCGCCACACGGGCACCUUCCUCGGCAUCACCAUCCAGAGAGUGCCCAUGCCUGGCUUCAGCGAGUUCCGUGUACGCGGCACUCGGGACAGCCCGCCGCCAUCCAGUGGGACCAGCCAGCAGACCACCUGCAACCAGGAGUGCGACGCCUGCUUGAACAUCACCGCGUCCUUCAACAACAUCCUCACGCUCUCCGGAGAGCGCGUGGUAUACAGCGUGUACUCGGCAGUCUACGCCGUGGCCCACGCUCUGCACAGCCUCCUGGGCUGCAACCAGACCAACUGCGCCAAGAAGGUGGUCUACCCCUGGCGGCUACUCCAGGAGAUCUGGAAGGUCAACUUUACCCUCCUGGGCAACCAGAUCUUCUUCGAUGAGCAAGGGGACGUGCCUGUGCGCUUGGACAUCAUCCAGUGGCGAUGGGACUUAAGCCAGAAUCCGUUCCAGAGUUUUGCCUCUUAUCACCCCAUGCAGCGGGAGCUGAAGCACAUUGGCAACGUCUCCUGGCACACUCCAGACAACACGAUCCCUGUGUCCAUGUGUUCUAAAAACUGCCGACCUGGGCAAAUGAAGAGGCCCGUGGGCCUCCACCCCUGCUGCUUUGAGUGCUUGGACUGCAUGCCUGGCACCUUCCUCAACCAAUCAGCAGAUGAAUUUGACUGCCAGCCCUGUCCUAGUGCCUCAUGGUCACACAAGAACGCCAUCUCUUGCUUCAAGCGGCACCUGGCCUUCCUCGAAUGGCAGGAGGUGCCCACGAUCAUCGUGGUCAUUCUGGCUGUCCUAGGCUUCCUUAGCACACUGACCAUCCUGGUCAUAUUCUGGAGGCACUACCAGACGCCCAUGGUCCGCUCGGCAGGGGGUCCCAUGUGUUUCUUGAUGCUCACACCACUGCUGCUGGUGUUCGGGAUGGUGCCGGUGUACGUGGGGCCACCCACGGUCUUCACCUGUAUCUGCCGCCAGGCCUUCUUCACCCUCUGCUUCACCAUCUGUAUCUCCUGCAUAGCUGUGCGCUCCUUCCAGAUCGUCUACAUCUUCAAGAUGGCCAGGCGCCUCCCGCGUGCCUAUGGCUUCUGGGUCCGCUACCAUGGCCCCUAUGUCUUUGUGGCACUCAUGACGGCCAUUAAGGCAGCCAUCAUAGCUGGUAACAUGCUGACCACCACCAUCAACCCCAUUGGCCGUACUGACCCUGAAGACCCCAACAUCUUGAUUCUCUCCUGUCACCCCAAUUACCGCAACGGGCUGCUGUUCAACACCAGCAUGGACCUGCUUCUCUCCAUGGUGGGCUUCAGCUUCGCCUACAUGGGCAAGGAGCUGCCCACCAACUACAACGAAGCCAAGUUCAUCACCCUCAGCAUGACCUUCUCCUUCACCUCAUCCAUCUCGCUCUGCACCUUCAUGUCUGUCCAUGACGGAGUGCUGGUCACCAUCAUGGACCUCUUGGUCACUGUGCUUAACUUCCUGGCCAUCAGCCUGGGGUACUUCGGCCCCAAAUGCUAUAUGAUCCUUUUCUGCCCAGAGCGCAACACACCAGCCUACUUUAACAGCAUGAUCCAGGGCUACACCAUGAGGAAGGACUAG